AUGGCGGCGUCAGAGGGGGCGCGUAGUGGCUGGAGCGAAUCUAGACGACCCUAAAAGGGUUCAUUUUCACACCGACUCGGGGCCAACGCAGAAAACGGUCCUUACUGGUGGUUCCGCUUAUAGAUGCCGUUAAUCUGUCGCCUGCAAAUUUGAUAAAUUGCCUAAUAUUGCUAAUACAAGUGAGGUGGGUGGGCGCAUACUGAUAGCUAUCGCACUAGCAAGCUUGCUAGGACAGCUAGCUUGCUAGCUAGCUUGGAUAGCUGUCUAGCCCGGACUUGAAGAGGGGUCGAAGAAUACUCCUGAAUAGGCCCCUUCUCUCUGUUGGGGGAUGUGAUCCAAGAGGACGGUGGGUUGGCUUGCGACGUCCCAGGGAUUGUAACAUAUAACUCGGAGAGAAAUGGGACAACAGGUUGGACGCGUGGGCGAGGGGGCUUCUUCAGGACUCCAACCGCAGCAGCCGCACUCUCAGCUGCAGCACCCCGGGAAAGCAAGUCGAUCAACUGGCUCCGGGAGGAGACCCAAAGAAGUCGCGACUACUGGAACGCCACCAGGGAGAACAGCCGCUGCUAACUUGUCGGACCCGGGAAUUAAUAUAUUCACUCAACACUCAGAGGCCCUGCACCGGCCGUUUGGGCUGGACUCGGCGGCGUUGACCGAGGCUGUGCGCUGGAGCUCCAAGGAGAAUCUGCUGGGCGCCACCGAGAGCGACCCCAACCUCUUCGUUGCACUUUAUGAUUUUGUCGCCAGCGGCGACAACACACUAAGCAUUACGAAAGGUGAGAAGCUGCGCGUUCUGGGCUACAACCAGAAUGGCGAGUGGAGCGAGGUGCGCUCCAAGAACGGCCAGGGCUGGGUACCCAGCAACUACAUCACGCCGGUCAACAGCCUGGAGAAGCACAGCUGGUACCACGGGCCAGUGUCGCGCAGCGCCGCCGAGUACCUGCUCAGCAGCCUCAUCAACGGCAGCUUCCUGGUGCGCGAGAGCGAGAGUAGCCCCGGGCAGCUGUCCAUCUCGCUGCGCUACGAGGGACGCGUCUACCACUACCGCAUCAACACCGCCUCCGACGGCAAGGUGUACGUGACGUCGGAGAGCCGCUUCAGCACGCUGGCGGAGCUCGUGCACCACCACUCGACGGUGGCCGACGGCCUGGUGACCACGCUGCACUACCCGGCGCCCAAGCGCAACAAACCCACCGUCUACGGCGUGUCGCCCAUCCACGACAAGUGGGAGAUGGAGCGCACCGACAUCACCAUGAAGCACAAGCUGGGCGGCGGGCAGUAUGGCGAGGUGUACGUGGGCGUGUGGAAGAAGUACAAUCUCACCGUGGCCGUCAAGACACUCAAGGAAGACACUAUGGAGGUGGAGGAGUUUCUAAAAGAGGCUGCUGUCAUGAAGGAGGUGAAGCAUCCCAAUCUGGUGCAGCUACUCGGUGUGUGUACACUGGAGCCCCCCUUCUACAUCGUGACUGAGUACAUGCCCCACGGGAACCUCCUGGACUACCUGCGUGAGUGCGACCGUGAGGAGGUGACUGCAGUGGUGCUGCUCUACAUGGCCACGCAGAUCUCCUCCGCCAUGGAGUACCUGGAGAAGAAGAACUUCAUCCACAGGGACCUGGCGGCACGUAACUGUCUGGUGGGCGAGAACCACGUGGUGAAGGUGGCGGACUUUGGGCUGAGUCGGUUGAUGACGGGGGACACGUACCAGGCCCACGCCGGAGCCAAGUUCCCCAUCAAGUGGACCGCUCCGGAGAGCCUGGCCUACAACACCUUCUCCAUCAAGUCAGACGUCUGGGCAUUUGGUGUGCUGCUGUGGGAGAUUGCCACCUACGGCAUGUCCCCAUACCCGGGCAUCGACCUGUCCCAGGUGUACGACCUGCUGGAGAAGGGCUACCGCAUGGAGCAGCCCGAGGGAUGCCCACCCAAAGUCUACGAGCUCAUGAGGGCCUGCUGGCAGUGGAGCCCCAUGGACCGGCCCUCCUUUGCCGAAACCCACCAGGCCUUUGAGACCAUGUUCCACGACUCCAGCAUCUCAGAAGAGGUGGCAGAGGAGCUGUGUAAGACCUCUAGCCAGGGGGCUUCCUCUCACUCCUUCGGCCACGACAUGCCACUCCUGCCCUCCAAGGUGUCCUCCCGGACCCUGCGCAAGCACGCCGAGAACAAGGAGAACAUCGAGGGCGGCCUGGAUGGACGAGGCGACUCUGAAGAAAGAGGAGGAGGAGGAGGAGGAGGAGGGCUGGGCCCCGCAGGCCUGAUGGCGUCUCUGUUGGGAGGGGAGGGCCGUUCGGGCAGCUCCCCAGCGUUGCCGCGGAAGCAGCGCGACAAAUCUCCCAGCAGCCUCCUGGAGGACGGCUCGGAGACCACCUUCACCCGGGACCGCAAGGCCGGCUUCUUCAGCUCAUUCAUGAAGAAGAAGUCUUCCUCCUCCUCCUCUUCCUCACCCUCUGCCCAUGCCCAGCAGAACCUUCCCAUGCCCCCCAAGCGCAGCAGCUCUUUCCGAGAGAUGGAGACGCAGCCCCACAAGAAGUACGAGCCCACGGCGGCGUUCUGCGCCCCGCCGCCCCCAGACGGGCUUGGCUUCUCCCCGUCCCACGGCGAGGCCAACCACGUCCAGGCGCGCUGCUGCGGCGCCGCCUUCGGUCAGAAACCCGGUGCGCCCUCCGGUGGACAGGUAGGGGGUAGCAGCAGCGGCAGCAGCAGCGGUAGCAGCUGGGGAAGCCUGGCCGGCUUCUUCACCCCACGCCUGAUCAAGAAGACCCUGGGGCUGCGCUCGGGUGGGGGCAAGUCCCAGAGCUCGGACGAGAAGCCCUUCCCCAGGUCCAACUCCACCUCGUCCAUGUCGGCGGGGCUUCCCGAUCUGGAGCGGAUGGCUCUGACGCUGCCACGCAAGAGCAGCAGCAGCAGCAGCAAGCCCCCGCUGGAGCGGACGGCCUCCACCACCUCGCAGCCCGAGAACGGGGCUCCCGGCCGGCCGGCAGAAGCGCCGCUCACGCUCCGGAAGAUGGACGAGGGCACGGCGCAGAUCCGCGAGCGGCCCAAGGCCAAGCUGCUGCCGCGCGGCGCCUCGGCGGCCACCAGGGUACCAGGCGUAGGGGGCGAGGGAGAUGGCGCCGGUCAGCAGGACACGAUGGGGGGACAGGACAGGCAGGGCUGGUCGUCGCCAUCGAAAAGUGGCUCAGCGGGCGUGCACAACCACAAGGUGCCGGUGGUCAUCUCGCCCACGCUAAAACACAGCCCGGCGGACGUGCACCUGGUCGGGGUGGACUCGCAGGGCAACCGCUUCAAGCUGCUCACGGAUCACCAGUCCGCCGAUAGAGACCGGCCACGGCUGGUCAAGCCCAAGUGCGCACCCCCUCCUCCGCCCACGCUGCGCUCGCUCUCGCAGCCCUACGGGGCGGAGGGGCCAGACGAGUUCCCUCCAGAGGUCAACGGCGAGGCGCCCACGCCCACGAAACGUUCAGGCCGGGGCGGCGGAGGAGGAGGGGAGAGGGAGCGAGAGCGGGGGAGGCCGGCCGUGGCCCCUCCGCAAGUGCCCCCGGCCCCCUCGCCCUCCUCCACCCCGACCAAGCUGGCCAACGGCGCCUCCACCACCACCCACACCUCCUCGGUGGCCUCCAAGGUGGCGUUGCGGCGGACUCGGCAGCAGGUGGAGCGCGUGCUCCCCGACAAGGUCAGCAAGGAGGCCCUGCUGGAGUGUGCCGACAGCCUGAGCAGCGCUCUCCACAGCAGCGCCGAGCCGGCGUCCAGCAGCUUGGUGCUGGACGCCGGGCACCAGCUCCUGGACUACUGCUCGGGCUACGUGGACUGCAUCCCCCAGACGCGCAACAAGUUCGCUUUCCGCGAGGCCGUGGGCAAACUGGAGCUCAGCCUGCAGGAGCUCCGCGCCUCCUCCGGGACAGGAGGUGGAGGAGGAGGUGGAGGAGGAGGUGGGGGUUUAGGGAACACUCCCGCUUUGGACAACUUGCACAGCUGCAUUAAAGAAAUCAGUGACGUGGUGCAGAGGUAGCCACUGUGAAGACCUUACCCCCCCCCCUUUUCCCCCCCUUUUCCCCCCUUUGACUCCCUCUGAACUUCCAAUCUCUCAAUAUCUCCAUUUUUAUUUCAAACCACAGAAACACAACAAAAUGGAAAUGACAAAGUGGGUUUCUGUAACAAGUGUUUAUUUAAUCUUUUGGGGGGACAGAGAGUGCAAAUCUCAGAAGUACCUCAGAUACACACACAGACACACACACACAAACACACACAAAAUACUACAGACAGUCUCAGUAUUGUUUACAGCUGAUUCUCAGUAUAGACCGGUGGAGAACACAGUUCUGAACAUGUAUAUAAGCUCGUCAUGUACACCAAACUACCAGUAGUUUGAGUUACUCAGAUGACUAUCUCUGACUGACUAAAUCACAUGCCAAUCAAAACACAUCAUGUCAAAGUUCAGUCAAUCAGGGUUACUGACCGGAACAGGCAUGAUGAGUCUACACAUUCAAGUGCCACCAAUGUCUUGAAACACGAUAGUAGUGAUAGAGGUUCACACCUUUGGGAGGAGUCCCACACGUGGCAACACUAUAGAUCACUCACAUGCAUAUCUGUUGUAACUGGAUGCCAUCAAACCCCAGUGCACAAACCUCACAAGAACUGGUAGGGCUGUAGAACAGAUGUGUGCUGUAUGGGACAAGUGUAGAUCAACGUUAUUAAUCCCCUGGACCAUUCUACAAAGAGAGGGUACCAUGUAGCCAGAAGUGUCUGUAGGUUCAGUUUAGUUGUUAACUUGUUUUCAGUUAGUUCCUUCAUUGGUGAUCAGCCAAAACCAUUCAUGGUCUAUAGCCACAAGGUUAGCCCCCUUUGGUUAAAUUGAGCCAUAUACAUUUCAUCUCAAGAGGAGUACUCGUGGUGCUAUUUGAGUUUGUAAGUCACUCGUUAAUGUUCUCAUUUGCUGGGUGCAGGGUAGGGCCCUGUAACAAUUAAUGAUUGGAAAGGGUCAGGCCGUGUGUGUAUAGGAGAAGUUGCCUUCAGAUUUGAACAGUACUGAAAUCCAUCAGUUCUGUCCCAAUGUGCCUGGUUUGUCAUACACUAAAAUGCAACUCUGAUCAAUAGCAUCUUAGGCCCAUCACAUUUCCAAUUCAUCACAUUAAGAGCAAAGUUGAAUUUCAGAGGUGCGUUUUCAUUUUUUUAUGUUUUCUAUUAUAAUUUUAUACCUGCACAAAAAUUGUGCGGUAGCCUAAUGGUUUCACUUUAGAAUAUGUUUGUGUAUAAACUUGAAUUUUUAAAUUAUUUUUAUUAAAAGCACAGACAUCAUGUUUUUAAAAACCUUUUCUUUUGUAAAUAUUGUGCAUUAUUUCAUGUCCAGGAAAGUUCAUGGAUGUCACAUUACCCUUGGGUACUGGGAUGUAUACAGCUGGACUGAUGUUUAGAGUUAAAAUGCAGAAAUGAACGUGGGAGACGCUCCAUCCCCCAUUGCUUCAACUACACUAUGAAUGUAUGCUGUCUUGUGUUCUAUUUCUCUCUCUCUCUCUUGCUCUGUCUGUCUCUCUCUUUUUCUUUCCUCUCUCUCCAUCACUCUCCAUCUUUCUUCAUCUCUGUCUUUCUCUGAUUCAAAUGUUGGAAUGUUCUGUCUUUCCAUUGUUCAUUUCCCACACCUUAUCCAUUGGAAGGUGUGCAGUGUUGCACCCAUUUGAAGUCUUUGCCAUCAGUAUGAGUCCGAUAUUAGAAUACAUCGGCUGCCAUGUUCAAAAUAAGCCUAAAGGAAAUCUGAUUUCCUCUUCCUGCCCAGGCAUGCAUUGUGUCGCUGUAGAGAAGAGUUAUCGAUUUCCAGGCUAGUGGUCCAGACCGUGGAGUCUGAAUUUUCCAGAGCCUGUCUUAACUUUAUUAUUUCAUUCACUAAAGCUGGCCUUCAGUUUCCAGUUAACAGAGGUUUGGCCAAUAAUAACACAAAAAAUGAAAUAAUUCAUAAAGUGAAGUGACGAUCACUAAAAACAAUGUAUUAACAUUUAUAACAUCAAAUGCCUAAACACAAGAGAGCUCCAUGAUGUAAGAAAUUGGUUAGGUUAAUUAAUGGUAUGUGUUGCUCAUUCAACAGGUCUCAAUAGCAGUAGAUCAUUUACACUGGAGAGAACUUAAAACAGGGAAGGUAUUUAUGGCUUAGCUUCUUGUAGUUCUAUCAUGUAGACCUUUGUAUAAUCUAUGGAAACAGCAAUGGAAUGACUGAAAGUUGAGCUUCUUGCAUGUCAUUGCUACAGCUCUGUCUUUUCCAGUCCUGUUCUUACAACAUGAUGGAUUUGUAGAAUGUUGCACAGUUUCCCUCUGACCAACCAGUUACCACCAUGUGUCAUUCUUAUUAAGCAUCUCACUUCAAAUGAUAGCAUUUCUACCUACUGGACAUAUUUCCCUUUAUGGUGUACGGUGCCUUCGGUAAAAGAUUUGUUUUGUGCACUACUAAGUGAAGAGACAUGGUCGGUUCUUCCCCAAGCCCCGUAUCCACAUAGCAAUUUAUUGUCCCACUAAACAGAAAAACCUGCCAUCAUGUAUUGCAUGUUAAAUAAAAGGUGCUGGCAGCCCAUGCCUUGCAGAUUAGUUGGUCACAGCCUAAUGUCCUGUACCACAGCCUUUUUACAACGGCCUGCAAGUUCUUCACUUAAUGCUUAAAGGUAAUGCAGUUACACACACCUGGUACAUGCUUACUGUAUUGUGCACCCAUGCUUUUACCAUUGACAUGGGGUAAAUGUUUUUCAAGAAAAAAAAUAGAUAUAUUCAACCCUGCCCCUUAUUCUUUAAAAAUAUAUAAAUAUUGUUCUUGAUGCCUGCUUUGACGGUUAUUUUUUCGCCUUCUGUAAUGGUCAAGGUUUUCUGCUCUUCUAACAAUGUGACAUUUAGAAUAAAAACUCAUCAGUUCUUCAUCACCGUUCAAACUGAGGAAUAUACAAAAUGUUCUGGGAAAAUGAGUGCAUUACAAAUAUGUAUUUUUCUCUUACUGCCUUUUGCAUCAUCAAAACUGAUGUCACGAGGCUAGUGCACUGGAUGCCAAUCUGUCACAUAAUCUAUUAAGAGGUCAUGCAUAACCAGAACACAUGGCUGUGUCUUUUAAAGUAUUUUGGUUUCGGAAUGUCCCAUUUCAGUCAACUGAUACUUAGUUAAUGUGGCUUAAUUUUUUAGACAAUAUGUCUUUAUUUAUUUGAUGCCUUAAUUUAUUUUUCCAUUUAAUUUCAUUUUUUUUAUUAUUAUUAUCCUGGAAACUCCUUUGGAGGCUGUCUCUUUUAAUGGUCUAAAAAGUGCUGAAGAAAUUGUAUGUAAGCAUCAUUUAUACCAAAGGCCACUUAUUCUUCAGUCCUUAAAGUGCAAUGAGAAUGGAACACUCUUAAUUUUGAAUAUAUGUGAAUUUAACAGGGAU